GCUCUUUUUCUUGGAUACACUGAGGUGAUCCUUUUUCUAGCUGAGACUUUGCAAUGAGUCUUGAAGCAGAUUUGAGCCGGUAGAAGUUGGCAGUGUCUGCAUUCCGUUCUCCUGAUUUCCUUGCUGGUCAGAGUUAAGGUGCCAUGCAUCCAUUCCCCAGCCCUAGCUGUCUCCUGAAUCAUGAGAACAGCCUUUCCAUAUUGUGGAAAGAACUGGAGUGGAUUCACGCUGAAGGACAAGAUGCUUGCAGACACGUAAGCUCAAGAAGAGAAUGCAGAGUCCACGGAAACUCGCUGCCAAACAACGAUGAGAAAGUAGAAUAGGCUCCUGUUGUUGAAGAUGGGAUGGUGAAACAGAUGUCUCAGCUCAACACAACGCCAGUAGGAGCUGGUUCGGGCUACCCCCCCUUAAAAGGUCGGAAGUUCACAGCGAGGUAGACUACGAGCCUUCAUCCACUGACCGCCAGAGACCCCCACCACAUUUUUAGGACGCGUGCUCAAGAGGGUGGGACAAUACGUUAAUAGUUUCUCAGAAUUCCAGCCCAUUUUUGUGGAACGUAAUGAAUAUGUGGAUGUUAUGUCUGUAAGUAUGUAACCAGUGCUUUUCUCUGUGUGCGAGUUAGGAGGAGAUAUCCCCCCCCGCACCCGGCGCCGUAAUGAGCGUACCUGCUUUGUAACCUUACGUGGGUUCCAGAGUUUGAUUCCACACGUCACUCCCUUCACUAUUAAGAGGACAAAGAACUUCUGGCACAGAAGGAUGCCCACCUGCAAGGCUCAAAUUGCACGCUGCUUCCUCCUCUCUGCUCAGUAAAACUCUGUGUUGGGCUCAUUUGGAAGGAAGGUUUGGUGUUCUGACUUCCUGGACAGUUGUUACCUAAAGCCUGGAGUGCCUGUGUCAACUGUGGCGGUGCAACUGCCACACCUUCUCUCCCCCUUCUCUCAGGCCUCUCGGUGCACCACUUCUCCUGAGACAAAAGGCGGAGGACCGGUACGUGGAGGUACUCCUCCUCUUCCCUUGCCCCUGCUUGCCUCUGGGUAGCAAGGGGCAAUGAAUUGGAACAUUAGGGGAUGCCCUAGUUGUAUCUGACUCCUGCUUUGCGCCCCACUGCCCAGGAACAAUCCUGGGGUCAAUCGUCGUCUGACAGCCUGGGACGCGUGAACACGAAUCACGGCUCAGGUGGGGUAGCGUGGAAUCCGUGAGUCCAGCAAGUUCUGGGGUUUGCACAACUGGUAGAAAGAACCAGAAGAUUUUGCCAUGCGAGGGGGCUGGUAUGGAAAAGUAGCCGUCAGAUCUCCAUCGUCUCAGACCCUAUAACUAGAGAUUCAAAGCGAGUGUUAAUCAAUAUCUGAAGGGAAGUGGGAGGAAAAUGGAUGAGGCCAGGCUCUUCUCGGUGGUGCGUAGCGGAGGACAAUGAGCAGUGGCCUAGAACUUGAGCACAGGAAGUUCCAUGCAAACAUGUGGAAGACCUUCUUUACGGUACUGCCAAAUCCUCGAGGCCCUCUACCAAUGAUAGUGUACCAAGGAUAGUCUACUGUGCUGUGAUCUUCAGGGACGUUUUCAACACAAGCCAUCCUAUUGUUCUGUGAUCUUCAAGGACACUUCCAACGUACAAAAAUCCAGUGGUUCUGUGAUCUUCAGGGAGCCAUGCAACACAACGCAACACAUCCAUUCCAGCGUUGUGUGAUUUUAGAAGCUGGACGUGAGCCAGCAGUGUGUGCUGGCAGCCCGGAAGGCCAAGUGUGUUCUGGGCUGCGUUAAGAAAGAGGUGGCCAGCAGGGAGAGGGAGGUGGUUGUCCCCCUCUACUCAGCUCUUGUGAGGCCCCAUCUGGAGUACUGCACCCAGGCGUGGGGCCCUGUAUGAGAACUGUUGAACUGCAACUCCACCUGUGUGACCGGAAGGGGUGGAGCCAGGCUCCACCUCUCCUAAACCCCAUUUAAGGGCUGACUGCCACGGAGGAAGGAUUGCUCUCUGAAGAUCACUCCUCUUGGAGCCCUUUUGGCGAGCCCAGGACACGGCCGCUCUAUGAUUCUGCGUUUCUAUGACGUAAGCACGGGCCCCACGCAGCCCUGGUGCAGCACAUCACAAGAGCAGCAGCCCGCGGGGAGCCGCCACCCGGAAUCUCGGAGCCGUGAGGUCACAAUGCCCCGUCCAAUGGCUGUGCGGUGCUGUGCCGUGAGCUCACAAGGCCUGGCUGCGACGCUGUCCUGUGCCGCAGGCUUUGCUCUGUGCGACGCUCACUGUGGCUGCAGCGGUGGUGUUGGAAGCAUGGUGCGAGUGUGGGGAGCCAUGGCCCCUGCCCGCUUUGUCCUCUUCCUCCUACUGAUGGCCAUGUGUUUCCGGGAGACCUGUGCUGCUCCGUGGCGAGCACCGGGAGCAGGUGAUGAACUUGGUGCUCCCUUUCGGAUGAUCGUUUGGAUCCGGAUUUUGUGCCUGUGCCUCUGGGACAACCCAGAGGCCCUGCUGGUGAAUCAGCAGAACAGAACCCUGCCUCUGAGCCUGAAGGGGAUGCUGGAGAUGUGACUGGAGGAGGUGAUCCAGGUUCCGCUCUGAGCUCUGGGACUGAAACUCCGGCAGAUCGCAUGGGAGUGCCCCCAGGGAGGGCUUUGCCCGGUCAUGCU